UUCUGACAGCGACUUGAUCGGACCGAUCGGCACGCGUGGCACACCUUCUUUCCACACCUCCCGGCUGAAGCUGCUGUAGAAUCCUCAAACCAAUCAACCACCAUCCAUCACCGGAGAGCAGAGCAAGGAAAUCUGUGGACGUUCUGCCCGUCCACCAAAUCCCUUCAGCGCGCCGCCUCCCUCGCCCGCGAGGACUCUGCGGAUCUCUCAGCGGCAGCAGCAAGCAGAGCGGAGAGAGCAAUCCGCCAUGGCCAUGGUCGCCUCCACCUCCAUCGCUUACCACAAGCCGCGUUUGUCGGUGGUGUGCAGGAAGAAGGACCGGGACAGGGAGCUGGAGCGGGAGAAGGAGCACAAGUACCCCUUCAAGGUCGUCGAGAUCACGCCGCCGCCGCGAUGCCUCGGCGUCCGCUGCUUCCCCACGAACAUCCACUGCGGAGAGAGCGUGACGAUCGAAGGGCAGGCGUACACCGUGUCGGCGGUGACGCACCGGUACCAGCUGCGCAAGGGGCGGUACGAGCCGAGCGAGAAGCGCCUCGACGUCCUCUCCACCGGCAGAUACAUCCUCAACCUCUACCUCGACAACCUCCUCGACAAGUCCUAGACUCUCUAUGCUCUACUCUAUACUACUAGUACAAAUUUAUUUAUUCUACUACUCCAGCUAAUUUAUUUAUGCCUCUACUGUACGCUACUUCUGUGAAGGCCGCGCACGCAUGCACGCAUUUGGUCCUAUACUCUUUGUGCCCAAUGAUCACAUUAUGGGCAAUAUGAGGGGCAAGGAGAAAGGCCGUGUAUGAGGAUAUUUUUUAAAGUCCUUUGUCAACACAUAUCUUUAUCAAGUCAUAUUUGAAUGAUCUUGAAGUGAAGUCAAGGGCAACGAAGGUGCAAGCCAGAAUGGGAUUCUCAAGGAACCAGACCUCUGUCUGGGAUUCAAUGUACUCGGUGAUCUUAUCGUAGAAAUUGUGAGUACAAAGAUACUCAGCAAAACUUACAUCAGAAUUAACUACAUAUGUAUCAGUAUAAACAAUGGAGUGAUGAAGUUUAACUGCAGCAAA